GCUUCAGUCUUAUCCAUAAGCUUGCAUCCUUCACAAAGAGCCAUUUCUUUAAAGAAGGCACUUCUUGCUACCUGCUUCUGACUCCUUCCUUGUUAAGAGCAAAAUCAUGUCAUACCUGGCAGAUGUUGUUGUUGUUGGUGGGAACGGAGGAGGACCUUUUGAUUUUAAUGGCACUGAAAAUGGAACCAUGUUGAAAAAGAUCUGGGUGUGGGUCGGUAACUGGACAGUGAAAGCCAUGAAGGUUUGGCUUACUGAUGGCCAGUCCAGGCAGUUUGGUGAACCUGAUGGGAAUUUUACAGAGUUUAUAUUUGAAGAUGGGGAGCAUUUCACCUCCCUUUCACUUUGGGCAAAUGGAAAUGGAACACGUCUGGGUGCCAUCAAAUUCAAGACAAAUCACUCCCGGGAGUUCUUUGCACGAUUGACAGGAUGGGUGCUGCAACCAGAAGUUCCAGUUGAUGUUGCUUCUGGGAUCUGCAUGGGAAUCAAAGGACAUUCAGGUUCAGAUAUUGAUUGCUUAGGCUUCAUGUUCAUUAACACCAUCAAGUCUACUGAGCUUACAAAUGUUGAGUAUCCCACACUUCAUGAUGUGAUACCCAAAGUGGCUGUUGCAGAAAUCAAAUCCAUGACCUACCAGAAUAACACUACUGAAACGCAAGAAUAUACAAUUGAAACCUCCAAAAAAAUCACCCAAACAUCCUCCUGGUCUGUUACCGGCAGACUGGAAUUCAUGGUCAGCCUGGAAGUGAAGGCAGGAAUUCCACUAAUUGCAGAAGGCACAACAAGAUAUGAAUUAAAAAUUGGAGUUGAGAGUACAUAUGCUUCGGAGACCACUGAAGAGAAGAUGGAGCUCUUCUCGUUUCCUGUUAAAGUCCCUCCAGGUACAACCGUGGAUGUGGACAUCACAACUGGCCAGGCUACAAUUGAUCUUCCCUUCAAUGGCAUAGUCAAGAUUACCUGCUAUAAUGGCAGUGUGCUGCAGUUUAAUACCAGUGGGACCUACAAGGGUGUCACUUACACUGAUGGAAAAGUAGUUGUGAAUGAAUCAGCCAAAAUGCUUGAUGGGGCCUUACAGGCUUUGAACUAAAUUGUAAAAAUGGUUCUAAAAGUUCAGUAUAAUGAAUCUCAUAUAUUAGAUCAUUCAAACUGAGAAUGUGUUUGAUGCUAGCUUGGUUUAAAUGAUUUGAUUUUAUUAUUAGCUUUUCAUAAUCAUAAUGAUUCUCUUGUCUGAUUGUCUUUUUUAUUAUCUGUAAACCUUUUAAAACAGUGACUUGAUUUAUCCUGCUAGGCUUCCAGCGGUGCAGACCCACAUUUUUUGAUUAAAAAAACAUUCUUUAAAACAUUCUGAAUAAUGAAUACAACAAAUCUCAUUUAAUGUUUUUUUUUACAUUUAGUUUGACUGUAGCUUGCUCUAACAAUUUUAUUUGAUUAUUACCUUCUUACUUAUUAGGAAGAUUGUAAUCUGUAAAGAUUUUCAUCAAUAAAAUCAGUCUUAAAAUUCUCA